UGGAAAAAAAAAGGGCAGUAAAAUGUCCAGAGUCGGGACCUGUGCAUCGGUUGGGGACGUCUCUGUGCUGCUGACCCGUCUCCUCCGCCUAUCUCAGCUACAAUCAGGCAGAAGGCGGGGUACACCUUGGACAAGUGGCCACCUCAUCACAGGGCCAACACAGAUAGACAGACAACAUUCACACACUAGGGACCAUUUAGUGUUGCCAAUCAACCUAUCCCCAGGUGCAUGUCAUGGGAGGUGGGAGGGGCCUAUCCCCAGGUGCAUGUCUUUGGAGGUGGGAGGGGCCUAUCCCCAGGUGCAUGUCUUUGGAGGUGGGAGGGGCCUAUCCCCAGGUGCAUGUCUUUGGAGGUGGGAGGAAGCCGGAGUACCCGGAGGGAACCCACGCAUUCACGGGGAGAACAUGCAAACUCCACAAAGAAAGAUCCCGAGCCUGGGAUUGAACCCAAGACUGCAGGACCUUCGUAUUGUGAGGCAGACGCACUAACCCCUCUGCCACCGUUAAUAGAAUAACUUGUUUAUUUUUCAACAAGUUUUUAGUUGUUAUUAUAUCUUUUUUUCCAAAUAGUUCAAGAAAGACCACUACAAAUGAGCAAUAUUUUGCACUCUUAUACAAUUAUGUAAAUCAGAAACUGAUGACAUAGUUCUGUAUUUUACUUCUUUAUCUCUUUUUUUCAACCAAAAAUGCUUUGCUCUGAUUAGGGGGUACUUGAAUUAAAAAAAUGUUCACAGGGGGUACAUCACUGAAAAAAGGUUGAGAACCACUGCACUAUGGACUAUUAUGUUAGAUCCACUAUGGACUGGACUCUCACACUAUUAUGUUAGGUCCACUAUGGACUGGACUCUCACACUAUUAUGUUAGGUCCACUAUGGACUGGACUCUCACUAUUAUGUUAGAUCCACUAUGGACUGGACUCUCACACUAUUAUGUUAGAUCCACUAUGGACUGGACUCUCACACUAUUAUGUUAGAUCCACUAUGGACUGGACUCUCACACUAUUAUGUUAGAUCCACUAUGGACUGGACUCUCACACUAUUAUGUUAGAUCCACUAUGGACUGGACUCUCACACUAUUAUGUUAGAUCCACUAUGGACUGGACUCUCACACUAUUAUGUUAGAUCCACUAUGGACUGGACUCUCACUAUUAUGUUAGAUCCACUAUGGACUGGACUCUCACACUAUUAUGUUAGAUCCACUAUGGACUGGACUCUCACACUAUUAUGUUAGAUCCACUAUGGACUGGACUCUCACACUAUUAUGUUAGAUCCACUAUGGACUGGACUCUCACUAUUAUGUUAGAUCCACUAUGGACUGGACUCUCACACUAUUAUGUUAGAUCCACUAUGGACUGGACUCUCACACUAUUAUGUUAGAUCCACUAUGGACUGGACUCUCACACUAUUAUGUUAGAUCCACUAUGGACUGGACUCUCACUAUUAUGUUAGAUCCACUAUGGACUGGACUCUCACACUAUUAUGUUAGAUCCACUAUGGACUGGACUCUCACACUAUUAUGUUAGAUCCACUAUGGACUGGACUCUCACACUAUUAUGUUAGAUCCACUAUGGACUGGACUCUCACAUUAUUAUGUUAGAUCCACUAUGGACUGGACUCUCACACUAUUAUGUUAGAUCCACUAUGGACUGGACUCUCACACUAUUAUGUUAGAUCCACUAUGGACUGGACUCUCACACUAUUAUGUUAGAUCCACUAUGGACUGGACUCUCACUAUUAUGUUAGAUCCACUAUGGACUGGACUCUCACACUAUUAUGUUAGAUCCACUAUGGACUGGACUCUCACAUUAUUAUGUUAGAUCCACUAUGGACUGCACUCUCACACUAUUAUGUUAGAUCCACUAUGGACUGGACUCUCACACUAUUACGUUAGAUCCACUAUGGACUGGACUCUCUCACUAUUAUGUUAGAUCCACUAUGGACUGGACUCUCACUAUUAUGUUAGAUCCACUAUGGACUGGACUCUCACUAUUAUGUCAGACCUACUCGGCGUCCAUUGCAUCCGGUCUGAUCUGGGGAGGGGGGAAUAACAAACUUGGCUAAGAACAAAAACACUUCCUGUGACACGACGGAACUUUGGCAUGAGCAGAGUGAACAGAAGUAGACAAAGCUACAAGCGACAAGACAGGUAGUGGUGACAUCGACAGGUAGGAGCGACAAUAAUCCAGCACUGACUGGAGGACAAAGCAGGUAAAAAUAGGGGCGGGCUGAUUGACACCAGGUGUGGACGGGUGCCAAUGAGCCGCAGCUAAGGGGAAACAGCGCUCAGGGAGAAAGACAGGAAACAGACAAAAAUAAGAGUUUUGACAGGAAAUACUACACACACAGAGGAAAAACUAAAACACAACCAAACUAUCAGGGGCAGGCCUGACAGUUUUUAAAAUGUGUCUCUUUCAACGCUAGCUUCACCAAUUUCAUUAAUUAAAAAUACACUGUAACGGUCAAACCUCUUUUUCUGUGUGUUUUAUUUUGUUUAACAAGCGUUUUUACAAGCUUUUUAUAAACAUUUUUUUACUUUUAUUUUAUUAUUUUUAAUAUUUUUUUUCCUUAUUGAUACAAGCUUUGAUACCAAACUUUUUAAAAUGGUCCAACUAUUAAGUAAGUUAUGACCUUUUUAACAAAAAGUUCUCACCUAAAAUCAGGACCAUGUGUAUUAAUGUGUUUUCUCCAGUUGUAAUAUUCCAUAAUUUAAUAUUUAUCACAGUAAAAUGAUACUUAUAUCUCUAA